GUCGCCAUGUGAAGAAAUAGAGGGAGGCGUCUGUUCGUACUUCGUAGGUUCAGACUGCCUGACAAGCCGUACACGAAUCCAAUCCUGAGCAACUCGCCUCGCCUCCAACUCUCCUAUUCUAGCAGCACCCACCUCAAAUUUAUUAAUAUCAAUGGCGACUAAAAGAUAUAAUAAUUAUUUAUCAGAAGAGAUGGUGUUCCUCAUACUUUCUUAUCUUCCUGUAAUAUCACUUCUCCGCUGCAAAUCAGUGUGCAAAACCUGGCUAUCCAUCAUAACAACCCCACAGUUUGUUAAAGCCCACCUUGCUAAUUCCAGGAAGAAACAAGCAUCUGUACUAAAAGCAGCCUCUUAUGAUUGGAGGGUUUUCUCAAUGGACAGUGUUGAAGAAUCCGUUGAGCUUAAACUGCCAUCACGUCUUGAGGGUAAGGUUCGUUACAUGCGUUCUUGUAAUGGUCUUGUUUGUCUUUCUAAUCAAGGUUGUGAUAGUAUAUGUAUUUGGAAUCCGUGUACUAGACAGUAUAAGAUGCUUUCUGUGCCCAGCUAUGCAAAUCGUGCCGUGACUUGUCUAGGGUUUGGGUUUGAUUACGUUGGAAACGACUACAAGAUUCUUAGGAUUGUAACAAAGAUUGCCCAAGACCUACGAGGGUUAAUAGUUAAGAUCUGUAAACCAGAAGCACUGUUGUAUUCGGCAAAUGCUGAUACUUGGAAAAAGAUUCGUAUUCCGGAUACUAUUAAAAUAUCUUUUUGGUAUUCGGUGAAGAGAUUCUGUGGUCCUGAUAUCUGUGGGAAGUUGUAUUGGGAAGGUGAGGGUGGGCUAUUGCCGUUUGAUUUGCGGAACGAUGUGUUUGGAGAAAUUGUAGUUUUACCGUUCCCCAAUCACGUGCAACAGAAAAGGAUAAAGAAGUCUGAAAUUUUGAAUUUUGAAGGUUCCCUCGCUAUGGUAUAUAAAUCUGCCGGGGAUGAAUCAGAUCUUAGUCUUUGGAUGUUAGAUGAAGGUGGCUUGUGGAUUAAAAAGUUCAUUCUUGAAAUGGAUCUGGAGUUGGAUCAGGUGUAUCUUUAUUUGGGUGCGGAACACUUUGUUGGCCUCAAUUUGUUUUUUGGAUACAAAUUUUACAACUACAGAAAGAAAAUGACUAAGGAGCUUCCUUUCCCAGCUCAUCUCACCGAUGUCAAGUCAGUUGCCAAGUUCACUGAGAGCCUUGUCUCCCUUGAGGGGUUUGAAUCACAAGAGUGAAGUGGUAAUCUUGAAACUGAUUUGGAGUUAGAUCGGGCGUAUUUUUAUUUGGGUGCUGAGCAGUUUGUUGGAUUAAACUUGUUUUUGGAUACAAAUUUUAUGACCGUAGAAAGAAAGAAACUAAGAAGCUUCCUUUUGCAGCUCAUCUCACGGAUGUCAAGUCAAUUGUCAAGUUCACCAAAAGCCUUGUUUUCCAUAAGGGGUUUGAAUCACAAAAGAAAAGUGGUAAAUAGUGGGGAAAAAAUGAUGUUCAACCUAGUACAUUCAUUGUUCCCUGCCUUUUCAAGUCUAGUUAUUGUUUAAUGUAAUCUCAUAGUAUACUGGCUUGAUAGCUAAUUGAUUUGUCAAAUUAGAUGACUCAAGAUCUUAACUCAAUCUAAUUAUUUCCCCAAGUGAAUUUAGCUCACUUAGAUUUAUGGAUCAAGCUAUAUAAUUGUUGGAUGACCUACAUACAUAAGUAUUACUUGCACGUGCAAUAUAUCCGUGUUUUAACUUUUAGACAGUAUAUCAGUAGAAUUUUACUAAUUUAUGGUCUUAAAUGUACUUAUUAGUAUAAUAUACAUUAGGAUUGAAGAUGUUUUGCUUGUGUUUACGCUUUUGUUUGUUUCCCACAAACAUUCUCAAUGUGCUCUGACCCGCUUCGCCUUAUUAGGGCUUCAUGAUCCCCUUGGGAUCUUUUAUUUGAAUUUUCUUAGAUUCUGUGUAGUUCGAAAAUUUUGACUUGUAUGUUACAAUGUGCUUGUAAUAGAAUACCUUUCUGCCCUGAAAUAAUAGUCAGAACAGUGUCAUCAAUGUGAGUGAUGUAUCUUUGCCCAUUUACGUUAUUCCUUUACCAGGGAAAUUAUAAUCAGAAGACCGUUGUCAAUGCCACUGAUAACUUUGCUCUUAUUUGGAUGGGUUCAAAUUGUUCCUUUAUUGCUAAUACCUGGAAUAGGAAGGUCGUGAAGAUAACGUGUUCUUCUGAGUUUAGCUGUUCUCUGAAAUCUGCGUAGUAUAUAUCAGAAACUCUAGGACUUGGAACGUAUUUAUCUGUUUAUAGAUUUUUGUGAUCUACCGUGAUACCGUUGUCCUCUGCUGAAUGAUCAAUUAAGAUUCAUGUGUUAUUGAACUAGUUUUACUAAGAAAGGGAAAAUCAAAUUAUCCAACAUAAAGGAAUAAUAAAAGGAUUUUACCUUAAUACCUUGUAUUAUGAUAUUCUACUAAUUGUGCAGGACUUCAGGUGUUUUAGAUUUUCUUGAUUUUGUGAAGUAUAUCACUAUUUUCUACUUGUUGUCAACUUCUCAUACAUGAAUUUUUUUCUGUAUCAUCUUUCGGUAAUAUAUGCAAUGCCAUAGGGUGAAGCUCUAUUUAAAGGUUGCACCUUCAGCACACUUGGAUUUGUAGUGAAUUGAUCCCCGGUGUUAAGUCACUUGUUGCUUAAGAGUGGACUAGUUGUGUUUGUUGGUGUGCGUGUACAGGGGAAUAUCCUAGUUUUGUCAUUAAGCUUUGAGUAUGUUUGUAUGUUUCAGUUUGAAAUUUUGGUAUAUUUAUCCUUACUAUUAGUAUUGAAUGAUUUUUUCUUGCAUUUAGGUAAAAAUGAUGUUUAGUUGGAUGGAUCAAAGUCUCUGUUUCCUGUGUCAUAUCAACAUACUACUAUGUCUUUUAACUUGUCAUGAUUUUGUAAAAUAUGUUUUGUUAAGGAGAUUAAUUAACUUGACUGAGCAUGCAACUUAUUGUAGCUUAGUACUUAUUGUUGGAGGUAAGACUAAUUUGUUAGUCUUAUUAAUCUUCUUGCUCUGCGGUAUCUUUCUUAUAUCUGAACUACCCAUGCUCAUAUAUUCUUCUAGAGUUGUCUGAUAUUUUCAGAUUGCAUUGUUGAACUAAGUUUUAUUUAAAAUGUGUCUCUAUUGGUAAUGUUCUUGGUGGUAUUAAGCAAUAGUGUCAGGGAAGCAACAAUGCAGAAUGUUGUACAAGCAAUAACACUACUCUUAUGACAGAGUUAUCAAAUUCAAAGAUAACAAUUUACAUAAAUAUUUUGCCACUCGUUUGUUGUUGACUACUUGACUUGCUUGCUUGUUACUAGGCAGUUACUGGGAAGUUACUUGCUUGUUAGUUGUGUUGCAAAUCACAAUGAAUUGAGAGCCUAGUUUGAAUCAAAGUGUUUGAAGUGAAGUUAACUAGACUCGACUUGCAUAUUUUAUUGCUGAUACAUUCAAUACGCUGUACAUAAAUCAUUUGAAAGUUGGAUUGUCUAAGUUCUAGACAUGAUAGGGCUGUUCGGUUAUCAUAUAUCACUAUCCUUCUUCUGCCAUCCAUACUCAUUCACGGUCUCUUAUUAUCUAGUUAUGAGUAGUGUUCUAAUCAGGGCAUAAUGUGCUUCUAUUUUUAUAACAGACGGGUGAUUUAGCGUGUUUGAGAUUAAGCGAUCAUUAAGCUGAUCGAGCCGUCAAAGAGGUGUUGAUUAAAUAAUUUCUGUUUUUUUUAUAUCAUGUAGAGUUCUGUUUUUCCUAAUAUUAAAAUUUGAAUAAUAGAUUGAAAGUACUCUAGUAGAUAGUACUAGAUUGUGUUUAGAUUGUUUUUACCAUAUUAUUGUCUCUUCUUAGUUUUGCUAAUACGUUACUGAAUAUAUAAAAAAAUUAAAUACAUAUAUUGAUGCUCAGCUUAAGUUUUAGAAGUGAACUUAAGCAGACUUUUCUUAACCGUUAAAAGCUUCUACUGCUCAGGAUAGCAAUUUUUUUGAACACUGGUUAUAAGAUUACUUAUACUGUUAUGCACAGGAUUACAUGUGCUUCAUUUGUGUUUUCUAUAUUGUGUAUUCCUUUUUGCAAACAUUCUUAUGUGUUCUCUCCCACCAUGCUUUAUCUGGCCUAAAUGCUUGAUUUAUGAUCACUUUUAUUUGGGUUGUUUUGUAGCUUAAUUUUUGUUUUUACUUUUAUAUUUCGAUGUGCUAGCAAUUACACAAAAAAUCCCUUACAUCACAUAGAUGAUUAAAUUACUUUCUUGCCUUGUAAUAAUAAUCGGAACUGUCCCAUUUUGAUAUGUGUACAUAUAGUGUUCCUUUAUCAGACCCUGAAGGCUGAGAGUAUAAAGAUUCAUCAAUACCAUCGUUAUGUGCUUCCUGUUCUGAUGGGUUUAUAUUAUUUCUUCCAGGUGUUUUAAUUUCCGGAAUAGAAAAGAUUUGCACCUUGUAUUUUGUUCUACUCAUUGGCCCAUACUUGAGGUGUUUUUCAGAGUCUCGAUUUUGAUUAUUUCAGGGGAAGAAACAAUCAUGAAGAAAUGUGGCAGAUGUGUUUACCAUUGGAUCAGCUUUGUUGAUUAUUUAUC